AUUUUGUGUGUCUUUGUCUUUUGUCAUUAUGUGGUCAAUAUUCAUUAAAUUCUGUGAAUAGAUUCUUUCAAAACUAAAUUACUCAGUCUACUAAACUAAAAAACAAAACUGAUAUUGAUUAAACUGUACUGCAAGAUUAACUAAUGCUGCAAUUUUAAUCUUUUCGAAAAUGUCGUCCACACCAAGUGGGAAAGAAUCGUUUGAAGAUUUCUAUUCAGAGGUUAAGGAAAUUGAAAAACGAGACUCAGUGUUGACUCCCAAACAACAAAUAGAGAGGCUACUUCGGCCUGGAUCGACUUAUUUCAAUUUAAAUCCAUUUGAGGUACUACAAGUUGAUCCAGAAGCAUCUCUAGAUGAAAUUAAAAGGAAAUACAGACGGCUAUCCAUUCUUGUGCAUCCGGACAAAAACAUUGAUGACUCCGAGCGUGCCCAGCAGGCGUUUGAAAUAAUAAACAGGGCUUGGAAAACUUUGGAAUGUGAAGACACAAGAAAAAAGUGCUUAGACAUUUACCAAGAGGCCAAAGAACGGACAGAGCAUAUGAUUGAACAAAAACGUAAAAAGCAAAAGAAAGAGAACCGGACAGCUGAAGGCAUACCAGAAGAUGACCCUGACAAGUAUAAGCAUGCAGUUUACGUAAUGACUAUGAAGCUGUUUGCCGACAUGGAGCGCAAACGCCAACACCUCGAGACUCGAGACAUGGAAGAGAGGAAACGAAAGCGUGAAGCGGAAAUCGAACAAGAGGAGCAGGUGUCACUAGAGAAAGAAUGGGCGAAAAACUUUGAGGAGUCUCGACAAAAUAGGGUCGACAGUUGGAAAACAUUCCAGUCUGGUGGAAGCAAGGAGAAGAAAAAGAAGAAGAUUCAAGGCUUCAAGCCUCCCAAACCCAAACCUGAGAGCAGAUAACUGUACCUCAACGUUUCUUCAAACUAUACGUUAUAAUUACCAUGUUAUAUGCCUAAAGCCCUGGUCAGUGCGUGAAGUCAGUGACUUCAAAGCGACUCCUAGAAGUUGUAACCGACAGUUGCAUCAAAGAUACAUUAUAAAACUCCAGAUUCCGUACGCUUGUGUUAAAUAUGUGUAUAGUUCAUUAAAAAUGAGUUCUCACGCGCCUAUGGGUCAACUGUCAUGACAAAAGUACGUUUCACCUUUAAAAUGAAGAAAAUCGUUCUUUUGACAUGGUAUUUGACACAAAAAGUUAAAAUGGCGCGUGAGAACUCAUUUUUUACGCAUUAUAUGUGACUUUGACUUUGCCUAUGCCAGUCGUUGUCAUAAAUUUACAUAUUCGCCAUUGGGUUCGGCUCGCCAUUCGCUGUUUAUGUUAUUGACUGACAGCGUCACUGUGCGUGCGAGAUGAGACCGGAGACGAAUGUGUGAACAGCGGCGUUGCCAAAUCAUAUGUGGCGAUUCUACGGACGAGACCCUGAAAAGGUACGAAAAGCCAUGACGCUACUGCGCUGGGUGCCGCUGACUACAUUAAAAAACUUUAAAAAAAAACGGAAUCGAUGAAUUUGGAACUGUGGAUAUAAAGUUAGAAUUGCUUUGUCGGUUUUUUGAGGUGUAUAAAAAUGUCUUGAGCAUCUUUGAAAAAUGUACGAAAAUAAGACCGAAGGUACGAACAUUACCUAAAAAUUGGCCAAGUGCGGGCAGGACUCGCACACGAAGUGUUCCGUGCCGUUGUACAA